CGCUGUCAUAAGAAUCCAUGCCUGCACAGUUCGUCGGGUCUCUUCAUCUUUGCUCCUACAACCCCGGUUCUACUCCACUUCUCCUCCCUUGGUCUCUAUUUGAUUUCUGGUUCCUCCGAGCAGAGCGAGCUCAGCUCCCCUGGUGCCGCCGCCGCCACGGCUGCUGGGAACUUGGGAUUUAGGAUCGUCCUUAUUUUUUUGGAAAACCUCGUGUUUAAUGUAACGGCCCUUCGGGAGUUGCUCAAAAGAUUGUGAUUAUGGCUCAGCUCAGUACGGAUAAAUACUAAGAAAAGAGAGUCAACUUCAUUGUGGGUUUCUAAGUUCCUGGCUGUCUGACUUUGUUUCUCAACUUGGAAGGAGCUCUUCUAUUGCUUGUUCUUGCCAUCCUCCUCAUUCUAUGUAGAAGAAAUUGCACAUUCUUCUGCUCCUUGUCGUCGAGUUGUACAAAGUUCUUGGUUAAAAGAUAGGGCAUCCUAUCUAAGAAGCUGAUAGAAGUUACUGUCAUAUUACAAAUUUCUGCUGUUAAAAUUAUUGUCGAAUGGUUAAAAUGAUUGGGAAAUGGAAACCCUACGGUGACGUAGAAGAAGGGGCACAUCGCUGUCAUGGUAAUGAGAGUGAUGAAGAAAACAUUUGCUACUCAGAUGCUGAAGAGCACUCUUGGCAUUCGCCAUAUAGCUCCCACAGUGCGAGUUCUGUUUAUGAUGGUGACGGUGCCUCGAUCGAUGAAUUUAAAGCGGCCUGUAGAAAAUCCUGUGUCUCGGAUUCUUCACUUGAUCACGAUGGCCUAGAGAGUGGAGAUUCUUCAGGAGUAAAGGUGGAUAUUAAUAAAGCUGAGCGAGAUUGCAGGAUUUGUCAUCUCAGCCUGGAGAAGGCAUCUCCGGAAUCAGAUGCCCCCAUUGUAUUAGGCUGUUCUUGCAAGGAUGAUUUAGCUGCUGCCCACAAGCAGUGUGCUGAGACAUGGUUUAAAAUCAGGGGGAACAGGAUCUGUGAGAUCUGUGGUUCAACUGCACGGAAUGUGGUUGGUGCAACUGAGACAGAGACUGUGGAGCAGCGGAGUGAGGUAGAUACAUUAACCAUUCCACCACCACCAUCAGAAACUCGAAGCAUUUGGCAGGGGCACCGAUUUCUUAAAUUCCUUCUUGCUUGUCUUGUGCUCGCCUUCGUCGUCUCAUGGUUAUUCCGCUUCAACGCGCCAGGAUAAACGCCUAAAGAUUUUGAGAAUAACAUCAGCAUCGUGUUUCCCUUUUCGUAUGAACAAGGUCUCUGUGUGAGUAUGCAUGGGGCUCAUUACAACAAUAUUAAGCAAGAAACACUCAGUGAUUCCUUUGAAUUGUCCAUCUGCUAGCAGCUUGACGAAGGGAAAACAAAGCUGAAUAACACCCUUUUUUGUUGUUUCAGCCUUUCAGGCUUUGAUUAUCUGUUUUGUGAUGCAAUUAGUCUCAUCUUUCUGCUCCAA